ACGGUCAUCAUGGCGGCACCCAUGCUAAAGUGGAAGCGGAUCGCAAAUCCGACCGGGCCCCAGCCGCGACCCAGGCAUGGCCACCGAGCGGUCGCUAUUAAGGAUCUCAUGGUCGUUUUCGGCGGUGGGAACGAGGGCAUCGUCGACGAGUUGCAUGUAUACAACACAGCAACAAAUCAAUGGUUCGUACCAUCUACGAAGGGAGAUAUUCCGCCAGGUUGUGCAGCAUAUGGAUUUGUUGUCGAUGGCACUCGUAUUUUGGUCUUUGGUGGAAUGGUAGAAUAUGGCAAAUAUUCUAAUGAACUGUAUGAAUUGCAAGCGAGUCGAUGGGAAUGGAAGCGCUUGAAACCAAAGCCGCCUAAACAUGAGCCACCACCAUGCCCACGAUUGGGACAUAGUUUUACCCUCAUUGGUAACAGGGUCUUCCUUUUUGGAGGUCUGGCGAAUGAUAGUGAUGAUCCAAAAAAUAAUAUACCGAGAUAUCUGAAUGAUCUGUAUACACUUGAGCUCCUCCCUAAUGGUCAAACAGCCUGGGAUGUACCACAAACACACGGACAUGCGCCACCUCCUAGAGAAUCCCAUACUGGAGUGGCAUAUACUGAUCGUACCACAGGCAAGUCCUGCUUGGUGAUUUAUGGUGGCAUGAGCGGCUGUCGUCUAGGUGAUUUAUGGUUUCUUGAUGUUGAUUCAAUGACUUGGAAUAAGCCAGUGGUUCAUGGACCUACUCCUCUACCACGAUCGCUUCAUACUGCCACUUUAAUUGGUCAUCGAAUGUAUGUAUUUGGUGGAUGGGUGCCAUUGGUCGUUGAUGAUGUUAAAGUCGCGACACACGAAAAAGAAUGGAAGUGUACAAGUACGCUAGCAUGCUUGAACUUGGAAACUCUCACUUGGGAGCAAUUGACUGUCGAUUCCUUAGAAGAGAAUGUUCCUCGUGCUCGUGCUGGUCAUUGCGCGGUUGGCGUACACAGUAGGCUUUAUGUAUGGUCCGGUAGAGAUGGCUAUCGUAAAGCUUGGAAUAAUCAAGUUUGUUGCAAAGAUUUAUGGUAUCUUGAGGUCAGUAAACCGGCGGCACCUUCCAGAGUUCAGUUAGUUAGGGCUUCCACGCAAACGUUGGAAGUCAGCUGGACAGCAAGCCCGUCCGCGCAAUAUUAUAUUCUUCAAAUACAAAAAUAUGAUAUGCCACCGGUAGCAGCAACUGGUACCUUCCCAUCGGUGAGCACACCGACACCGACUGCGCCUAUCGUCAGCACUCCUGUGGCGGUGACAACCCCAGCGAUGGCGGCUACUCCCGCGACCAUACCCGUAACAUCUCCGCCUGUCACCACUGUUGCUGCUCUUCCUUCGACUGCACCACCUGUUGCCGCUGCUGCCAGAACAUCCGUAGCAACAGCAGUGGCAACAGCAGUGACAAAUCCAUUACGAGUUCAAAGUGCGAGUCCCGUACAGAAACCAGUACAAGCUGUACAAAAACCAGCAAGUCCUAUGACUCCGAGAGUCGCAACUGGCAACGUUAUACGUAUCCGAUCUCCUCUGGUCACCUCCACGGCGGCAGUGGCAACGGCAGCAGUAGCAGUGGCCACCACUGAGCAACAGCAAACAACUGCGACUGUGACAACUGCGGCUGGUCAAACACCUGCUGCUAUGUCUGGAAUCGCCGCUCUGGCUGCAGCAGCGGCAGCCACCCCAAAGAUUACUAUGAACAAUGUUCCGAUUGUGCCACAAGCCGCGGUUGCGACUGCAACUACAGCCAACACUAUCAGGAUGAAAAACGUUCAGCCAGGUCAGCAGAUACGCUUUGCCGCACCCGGAGCCACAGUACUACGUACUACCUCGCCGCAACAGAGCAAGCAGAUCAUACUGCAAAAACCUGGCCAAAAUAUAUCUGGUCAGCCACAAAUCGUACAUCUCCUGAAAACCGGACAAGGCAUGGUGGCUACAGUACCUAAAGUAAGCCUUAUCCCUGGCAAAACUGUUCAGGCAACUGGCGCAAAACCUCUAAAUCAGGGACCGACAAUACUACGAUUGGUAAAUCCCAAUACGGUGACUGGAUCGAAGAUCCUCACGACUAUGAAGACGUCCAACAUUGUAGCGAUGAGUAAGGGACAGAACAUAACGGGCAAACAAACUAUAAUGAUUACCAAACCAACAGGAAACAGUGGAUUAGUUGGACGAACCAAUCAGUUUAUCGUUGUCACUUCAGGUUCUGGUUUAAGAGCUGUACAAGCUGUGACAACAUCACAAGCUGGUGCAGGACAAGGAGCUACAUCCGUAGCUACUCCUGUAAACGUUUUGCCCUUGUCAGCUACAAAUCAUGUUACGAAUCAGCAGGGUGUCAAAAUGAUUGUUGUUUCUUCUGGUGCAAUGGGAGGAGGAACUGCUGGCAAACCUUUAACCAUCACAGUUCCAGGACAAGGCGGCGUAGCAAAGACUGUGACUAUUGCUAAGAGCGGUGCGCAAACUAUCUUCAAUCCCAGUAAGAAUCAACUUGUUGUGCCGCAGAUACAAAAACACCUGUAAGAAGCCGUAACAGUGUCUGGCAAGCCAGUGACUCUGCAAAUGCCUGCGGGUAUAAGUGCGAAGACAGUGACGCUUUUGCCGACAAGUAGCAGUUCCAUAGUAACUACUUCGAGCACAUCAGAUUCGAUAGAUACCAGUAAAAUGCUUUUUGUUUCUCCACAGAAACAACCUUCAGCUUCCUUAGCAUCUACGUCUGACGGCCCGGCUACUACUGAUGCAGCGUUAGCCGCAUUAGCAGCAGAAGCAGGUCUGAUAGAUCCAGUUCAGGAACCAUCUGGUAACUUAUCAUUCAUGGUAGCGGAUGAUGGUGCUACGAGCGACGAUAAAAUAGAGGAUAGUUGUAACGGCAAUGAAGCGACUACGGCAGCUGCUCUAGUUUCUCAAAUGGGUGCGGACGAAUCAAUGCAAGUUGAUGGUGACGGAACCACUUUUAUACUUCCACAAGUAGAUGGACCAAUAGAUGACCUCUUAUUGGAGGAUGAAGAAAAAAUGGAUGUUGAUGAGGAGCCUGCAUCGGAAAAUGCGCCUGAGUCAGCCGGCGUCGACGAGUCGACAGCAGUAACAGAACAAAAUGUGACAGAAAAUGUUCAAACAGAAGAAUCAACUAUAAAAGAGGAUGUUGCUGCAAAUAAAGAAGAAGAAGAAGAAGCAGCAACAACAGCAGCGACCACAGAUCCUUCUGAAUCGACUACCACUUCUAUCAAUCAAAUUCUCAAAAUUGAAGAUGCUGUUGAUAAUCCCCCCAAUCAUGAUGCACCAUUACAAACUGAUACCAAUGAUGUAGAAUUGUCGAACGAGAAGGAGAUCAAUGAUUCUAAACCAAUAGUUGAUGAAGUUAAAGUAACAAAAUCUGAGUUGCCUUUAGUACAAUCACUCACGGAGUCUUCAUCCGAACAGACAUCUCUAGUGAACGAUACAAACCCAGCAAUGGAAAUCGAUGCAAUUAUCAAGCAAGAUGAAAACAAUCAAGUGAAAAAUAUAAAAAAAGAAGCUUCUGAAAAUGAACCACCAGAAUUUGAAAAUGUACCUAUCGAAGAUACGGACGCGUUGCAUCCUCAAAGCGAUAUUCAGAAAGAUGACAAAAUAAAAGAUGAAAUCGCAAAUUCGGAAGCUGAUCUUCCCACCGAAAGUUCUCUUAUGAAAUCGGAUGAUGUGGACGAACCAAUGAUUACUGAUAAUAGUACGACUUCAACAGAUAAUGUAAUGACUCCCGUUGUUACACCAAACAUUCAAAUGAAACUGGAACCAAAUGACGAAUCUAUGACGAAAGAAAACAAAUUAACCGAUAUACCUUUAUCGUCUGUUAACGGUGUCGCUGCAUCUCUUGAAAAGGAAAUGGAAAAAGUACAUAGUUCCACGAAAAUAGAGAUGAAAGAUGAACUUUCUGCUUCAAAGAGAGAAAAUCAGAAACAGGAAAAGAUCAAUGACGCUAGAUCAGAAACUGGAGAUGAUUCGACAGCUUUGACAACAUUGGCUACUGCUGCUUUAGGAUCAGCAGAACCAGCGGUAAAAGUUAAAAAUGAGCAGAGCGAGGAAGAGAAGAAAGAGGCAGAGUGGUAUGAUGUAGGUGUGAUAAAAGGAACUAGUUUUACAGUUCAACAUUAUUAUCUUCCUGGUGAUGAACCGUUAGAUAUAACGCAAUCUUUGACGAUGGAUGUUUUUAAAGGAAGAGCUAAAAUAGCAUUAGAACCCGGAACUGCCUACAAGUUUAGAGUCGCCGCUGUGAAUAGUUGUGGACGAAGUGCCUGGAGUGAGGUAGCGGCAUUCAAGACGUGUCUUCCGGGAUUUCCGGGUGCACCGAGCGCUAUAAAGAUAUCGAAAUCCGUGGACGGCGCACAAAUCUCUUGGGAACCGCCGCCUAGCAACGUCGGCCCUAUCCUCGAAUAUUCCGUCUACUUAGCAGUGCGAAGUACCGCGUUGAACAAUGACGGAGAACCAAAAACAGUUGUGUCGAAUCCAAAUCAGUUAGCUUUUAUUAGAGUUUAUUGCGGUUCGAGUAAUUCUUGUUCGGUGAACAAUAGUGCCCUUAAUGCCGCUCACGUGGAUACGACUACAAAACCGGCCAUAAUCUUUAGAAUAGCCGCACGAAACGACAAAGGAUAUGGACCAGCCACUCAAGUCAGGUGGUUGCAAGCAGAUCCAACCACCGCCGUGAAGAGUAAUCCGCAAGCGAAGAGACCUGCCAGCGCAGAUUUACGCUCGCAAGUGACUUCUCCACAAAAGAAAAUGAAAAUGGAACCAGCCAGUGAUAAUUUUUCGUGAGCCUGUUUUCUCCCUGGCCUCGUACAGCCGAAACUCCCACAAGCAACGCUACUCAUUAUUUAAUUUCCAUAUGCCUAACAACGAUAAUGAAAUCAAUGUGUUAUCGAGUAAACGACGUGAUAUACAAGUAAACGAAAGAUACGAACGUGAAGAAGAAAGAAGAAGAGAAAGAAAAAAAGAGGUAUUCGUAAUAUCAAUCUAUGUGUAAAGAUUGGAAUAGAAAAGUAUUUUCAGUGCUCAGUAUGAACGUCAACGUUUUUUCUGUACCGCGUUUCUUACUCGCUAUCAUCCUUCUAUUUUUUUGUAAGAGUGCGCGAGAAUCUUCUUUGUAAAGAUAUAAGUACCGUUAAUAAAUGGCGACAUGUUAUUUUUUUGAAGUUAA